UAAGCAAACGGUGCUCGGUUGGGUUGUGCUCAAUCAAUCGAAAAGUUUAGAAAUCGAAAAUGAUUUUUGAAAUUUUAAUUCUAAUAUUAUUAGCCAUUUUGGCUUAUUUCUAUAAAGUAUUGCGUCAGCGUUAUAAUUAUUGGCAAACGCUGGGUAUAGCCUGUGAGGAGCCUACAUUUUUACUGGGCAAUAUAACCGGUAUAGGUUCUAAACGUGCUUUCGUUGAGGUAUGGCAGCAAUUUUAUGAUAAAUAUAAAAACACAGGACCAUUUGCUGGAUUUUAUUGGUUUUUCAAACCGGCAGUGUUUGUUUUUGAUCCGGCGCUUUUAAAAUUGAUUUUAAUAAAAGAUUUCUCGAAAUUUGUGGAUCGUGGUUUCUAUGUAAAUGAAGAGGAUGAUCCCUUGUCGGGUAUGCUGUUUAAUUUAGAGGGCAAUAAAUGGCGUCAUAUGCGUAAUAAGCUGUCACCCACCUUUACCUCGGGUAAAAUGAAAACCAUGUUCCCCAUUAUUACCAAUAUCAGUAAAGAAUUUGUACAAGUAUUUGGUAAUGCGGCAAAGGAGAAUGACAUAAUAGAAGUGGGUGAUCUAAUGGCCCGUUUUACCACCGAUGUUAUAGGCAGCUGUGCAUUUGGUUUGGAAAUGAGCAGUUUACGGGAUCCCAAUAACAAGUUCCGCAUGAUGGGCCGUAAAUCUAUAGUAGAACAACGUUAUGGUCGUGUAGGCAUAGCCUUUCGUAAUAGUUUUCCCCAAUUAGCUAGGAAGCUACAUAUGAAGGAUACCCUACAAGAGGUGGAGGACUUUUUCAUGGGUAUUGUUAAGGAAACAGUGCGCUAUCGGGAAGAAAAUAAUGUAAGACGUAAUGAUUUCAUGGACAUGUUAAUCGAUUUGAAAAAUAAUAAAUUAAUGAAAUCGGAAACCGGAGAAGAGUUGACUAAUCUUACUAUGGAGGAAAUAGCUGCUCAGGCUUUUGUGUUUUUGGUGGCCGGUUUCGAGACAUCUUCCACCACCAUGGGUUUUGCUCUUUACGAAUUGGCUCAACAUGAGGAUAUACAACAAAAGGCCCGAGAAGAAGUAAUAACAGUUUUGGAGAAACAUAAUCAAGAAUUUACCUAUGAAGCCAUGAAGGAAAUGGUGUAUAUGGAACAAAUUAUAGCAGAAACUUUACGUUUAUACACCGUUUUGCCUUUGAUAACCCGUUACGCCUCUGAGGAUUACCCAGUACCGGGUCAUCCCAAGUUUAUUAUAAAAAAAGACAUGUUAGUGUUAAUACCGGCCGGCGCUAUACAUCGUGAUGAACGUUAUUAUCCUAAUCCUAAUGUUUUCAAUCCCGAUAAUUUUACUGCCGACAAGGUGGCCCAACGUGAUUCCGUUCUACAUAUGCCUUUUGGUGAUGGUCCUCGCAAUUGUAUUGGUAUGCGUUUUGGCAAAAUGCAGGCAUUAGUGGGUCUAGCGGUACUUUUGAAAAAUUUCAAGUUUACAGUGUGUGAUAAGACGCAAAUACCUAUGAAAUAUGAUAAAAAUAACUUUUUGUGCAGUUCUGAGGGUGGUAUCCAUUUAAGAGUUACUAAACUGUAGAAGUUUAUAAAAUAAUAAAAACAACAAUAAUAAUGACAAG